AUGCAGCACCUCGUUCUUACUCUAUCCCUCGUGGGACUGAGUAGCGCAAUUGAAAUCGAAAAGCGAUGGACCAAGACCCCUCUUCCACUGUCCUACGUAGCAGCCAGUGAUACCUUGGCACGUUACACCAUCCUCAUUCUCGGGUGUGUCGCUGCCUUAUAUCUCGCCUGGCAGAUCUGGUUUCGAUUCACGGCUCACCUCCGACGACUAUCCACUUUCGGCGAUGACAGACAGCAAUACUUCGUGCCCGCACACGGCACAUUCUCCUGGGUGAAGGAGCACUUGAUAUAUGCCCCGUUGUUCCGCACGCGCCACAAUCGCGAGAUGCAAUUGUCAUCGGCUAUCAACAUGGGUACCCUUCCCAGCCGUUUCCAUGGAUUACUUGUCUUCGGAGUUAUUGCCAUGAAUGUGAUUCUAUGUGUGGUUACCGUUCCCUAUGGCUCCGACGAGCUCUCUGCCGCAGGCGUUGUGCGCAACCGUACUGGCACGAUGGCCACUGUGAAUCUGAUUCCUCUGAUCUUGAUGGCUGGCCGGAACAACCCUCUCAUCGCCAUGCUCCAUGUACCCUUUGACACAUGGAACCUGCUCCACCGCUGGCUCGGUCGUAUCGUGGUGCUAGAGGCCGUUGCACACACUUUCUCCUGGGCAAUUCCCGUGGCCCAGGAGAAGGACUGGAAGACGGUUGCCAUGGACAUCGGUAGCAGCAGCUUCCUGAUCGUUGGCACGGUUUCCACCGCCGCUCUUGUAGCACUGAUGCUGCACUCCCCGUCGCCCAUCCGCCAUGCUUUUUAUGAAGUCUUCGUCCACCUCCAUUUUGCCCUCGCAGCCGUCUCCAUUGGCUUCCUCUGGGUGCAUCUGGACGGCUUGGCUCCCCAGAUCUACGUGCUCGUCGCUAUCAUCCUAUGGGUCCUGGAGCGAACCACUCGGCUCUUCAUCAUCAUCUACCGGAACUUCGGUCGGGAGUCUACCACCGCAGUCGUCGAGGCCGUGCCAGGCGAUGCUAUGCGCAUCACCCUACGCAUGGCGCGACCAUGGACUUUCCGCCCUGGUCAGCAUAUCUACCUUUACAUUCCCGCUGUCGGAUGGUGGACGUCGCACCCGUUCUCAGUCGCCUGGAGCGAAGCCGACAACCUGAUGAUCGAUGAGAAAUCAUCUUUGCCAAUGUCACAAGAGGAUCUGAUUCGCUCGCCACAAAAAGAAACGAUUUCCUUACUCGUUCGCCGUCGCACCGGUAUGACCGAUAAACUAUUCCAGCGGGCCACCAACGCCGGCGGCUCUCGCGUCGUUCUUCGCGCCUUUGCGGAAGGUCCCUACGGCAAUAUCCACUCCAUGGACUCAUACGGAACGGUGAUGCUUUUCGCCGGUGGUGUCGGAAUCACACACCACAUCCCCUUCGUCCGCCAUCUCGUGUCCGGCUUCGCCGACGGCACAUUAGCCACGCGCCGGGUGACCCUCGUCUGGAUCAUCCAGUCCCCCGAGCACCUAGAGUGGAUCCGGCCCUGGAUGCUCAGUAUCCUGGCUAUGGACCGCCGUCGCGAAGUCCUCCGCAUCAUGCUCUUCAUUACCCGGCCGCGUAAUACCAAGGAGAUUCAAAGUCCCUCCUCCACCGUGCAAAUGUUCCCUGGUCGACCUAAUAUCGACACCCUUGUCGGUAUGGAAGUUGAGAACCAAAUUGGAACUAUGGGUGUCAUGGUUUGUGGCAACGGAGGCUUGAGCGAUGAUGUGCGCAAGGUUUGCCGGAAGAGACAGGGCCCCACGAAUAUCGACUACGUUGAGGAGAGUUUCUCUUGGUAG